AUGGCCCAACCCGGCCAACCUAGUCCCCAGCAGAUGGCGGCCAUGCAACAACAGUUCGCCGCCGAAGCCGCCAAACGAGGCAUGACACCUGAACAAUUUGGACAGAAGCAGCGCGAACAAUUGAACGCCGACGCAGCUAAGCUAGGCUUGACACCAGAACAAUACGUCGCGCAGUUGCGGAUGCGAGCGAUGCAGGCGCAUCAGAAGCAGAUGGAGGCCCAACGACAGGCUCAGGGAUCACCACAACAGGGUCAACCAGGACAGCCAGCACAGCCAGCACAACCAGGACAACCAGGUCAACAACAGCAACAAGGACAAUCACCGAACCCACAGCAGGGGCUUCCAAAGCAACAGAUGCACCAGGUGCCCGUCAACGCCGGCCAGCCCCCAGACCCUAAAGCGCUGGCCGUGGCGAACUUCCUACGCUCGCAAACCCUCAAGCCCCGUACCUGUAUUCUCGAUGGCCAGCGAAAGGAUAUGUUCAAGGUCAAGCGAGCAAUUCGAGCAAUUGAGUCGCCCGCCUACGCCAAAGCCGCCGCAAAGAAGAACUCCCUCCUCCCGCCCGUGACAGACCGCGCCUCAGCCGAGAAUGCCUUCAAGCUCCUCCCACUCUCCUUGCUCGCCCUACGCGUAAGCAAGGUAGACCCGCACGAGGGUCACAACCACGCCAAGCCCAAGAACCGGACAAAGGGCCUGUGGACUGUGAAGAUUGAGCAGCAUCAAGAGACAGACCCGAUGAUGCACUACGUCUGGCUCUGGGAAGGACCCCAGUGGAAACAGAAGGCUUUGGCCGCGGCCGUUGUGGCGGGUAUCUUUGCUGUUGUACUGUUCCCCCUGUGGCCUAUGAUGCUGCGCCAGGGUGUUUGGCACCUUAGUGUUGGAUGUAUGGGUCUUUUGGGACUUUUCUUCGCCAUGGCUAUCUUCCGGUUGAUUCUGUUCUGUGUUACUGUUUUCACGGUUGCGCCUGGAUUGUGGUUGUUCCCCAAUUUGUUCGAGGAUGUUGGAUUCUUCGACAGUUUCAAGCCUCUGUGGGGCUGGCAAGAGAACAAAAAGAAAAAGAGCAAGAAGGUCCAAUCGCAAGAAUCUGCUGCUCCCAGUAAAGAAGCUCCGUCUGCCACUACUACAUCUGUUGAAGCCACAUCUACCCCCAGCUCAGCACCCGUCAAGCGGGACCUGACAGCGCGAGUGGAGGAAGUGGAGGAGUAG